AUGACGGUUCCUCAAAUCCAAACUGCUGCCGUGGUGGCAUCCACCCAGAACUCUUCUGUGGCGAUGAAGAGUGAUCACCCAGUGCCAAGUCCAGGAGAAGGCGAGGUUCUUGUGAAGCUUGAGUUCUCGGGGGUGUGUCAUUCAGACUUGCACAGCAUUCGCGGAGACACGCCUAUGUUGACCGACGUGGCUGGUCAUGAAGGUGUGGGAAAGGUGGUCCAAGGUCUGAGUUGCGUGGAGAUGUAUCACGACAAUAUACUCAUGUUUUCCAGUUGGCGAAGGAAUCGAAGAGCAUUGGCUGGGGACACGGGUUGGUAUCAGUGCGAGAUUUGCGAAAUCAAUCAUACAGCGUGUCCGAAUCAGAAGAAUGCCGGUGCGUACAUCGUGAGUCCGGCACUGCAUGUUACGAAGAUACCCGAGCAACUAUCCCCAGACAGCGCAGCUCCUCUCCUCUGUGGUAUGUUCGCUGUCAUUUGCCGCAAAAAACCAUACUUAUAUACUGUAUCAGCUGGGAUCGCCAUGUACUCUUCCAUCAUGAAGACCAAAUCCCGCCCUGGAGAUUACCUUGCCAUCAUCGGUGCUGGAGGGGGACUCGGUCAUAUGUAUGUUGAUGGGCUUUAUUGCCAAUUUCUACUAAAUCUAUCUCGCAGGGGGAUCCAAAUUGCUACCAAGAAAGGGCUGCAAGUUAUUGCGAUCGAUAGGUACGCAAUAUAUCCAAGGCAAAUCGUGCAUAUCAAACUGACAGUAUCACUACUCCACAGCGGAGAAAAGAAAAAACAACUAUGUCUAUCCCUCGGUGCCAUCGAAUUCUUGGAUUAUCGAGAAGUCGACAUUGUCCAAGCAACCAAAGCCAGGACCGGACUGGGUGUGCAUGCUGUCAUCUGCACCGCCAAUGGUGAGCGAGCAUACGAGCAAAGCAUGCAGAUGCUCCGUCCCCUCGGAACUCUUGUCUGCGUUGGGAUUCCUAGUGUGCCUUUCCGGCUUCCAGCUACGCCAUUUGACAUGAUCGUGAAAGGUCUUACUCUUGUUGGUAACUCGGCAGGAACAGUAGAUGAAAUGGAUGAGUUGCUGGCUAUGGCAGUUAACGGUGAUGUUAAGGCUCAUAUCGAGGUUUUUGAGUUGCAUGAGAUCAAUGCUGUUCUGGAUCGUCUGGAGCGCUCGGAUAUAGAUGGAAGAGUGGUACUGAGGAUUCCUGAGUAG